AUGGCCGUCCAAGACACCGUCGGUGCUAUCCUCAUCGGUGCUCUAGUUUCGGCCAUAUUGUCCGGAGGGGUGACAACACAAGCCCUCAUCUACUGCAGACUGUACGGACGCGACGACUUCCGUCAAAACACCCUCAUCGUCUCCACCCUGUGGCUGCUCGACUGCCUCCACCUCGCGAUGGCGUUCGCCUCUGUCUGGAUAUACCUCAUCCAACAUUGGGGAAGCAGCACCAUCCACGAUUACAUCCCAUGGACCAUUGCAGUAAGUUCGCCGCUCUUCCUCCUUUUCCUGCGUGCCUCGUCUGACCUCCCAUCGCCGCCCGCAAAGCUUACAGUCGCGAUCACCGCUAUUGUGACUCUCAUAUCACAUUGCUUUUUUGCACACCGCGUCUAUAUCUUGAGCGGUUGCUCGUGGCUGUUGACGGCCCCCAUAAUUCUUCUCGCUGGCAGCCGUCUCGCCGCUGCCCUUGUAUCAACAUUCGAGAUGAUCACGCUACAGAGUUAUGAGCAGUUUGUCGAUCAAGUCGGUUGGGUUUUCACAAUGGGCCUCUCGCUGUCUACUGCGACAGACGUCUUCAUUACCGUAACCUUAAUUACCCUCCUGCAACGCAGCCGGACGGGCUUUUCUACCGUUGUUACCACCGCUGUCUCCCUGGUCUGCUUUGUCGGACGGUCGUCGAACAUACAGUGGCUCUCCAUGCCCCGGAAUCUAAUAUUCCUUGCCCUCCACUUCUCGAUCUCGAAACUCUACGCCACCUCCACACUCGCAACGCUGAACGCGCGAAAGUCGCUCCGCCGACGCACGCGGCAGGCGCACCAACACGUCCUCCCUGUCAUCUCCUCGCUGCACGAGAGCCAGACGCGUCAGGGCGCGCACGUGGACGACCUCCGCGAUAACCUGAAGACGACGUCCGAGGACGGCCGCACCCCCGCGCCCGUGCGCAUCCGGACGUUUUCCCGCACGCUGAUGGACGGCAAGCCGGACGCGGACGCAGACGCGCUCGGGCUCCCUCGGACGCUGGACACCGCGCGGCUGUCGGUGUAG